ACAAGUUUCAGAAUUGUUUUUAAUGAAAGGAUCUUUAUGAAGAGAGAAGUUUGCACAGAAGAAGAUGAAAGUGAAGAAAAUUGAGAAUGGGAAUGUACGAAAUCUUUCAUGUUUUCAGCCCCAACUAUCCAUAUAGCCAAAUAAGUUCCAGUUAAGUUCCACUUCCCAUUCUUAUCCUGCAAAAGCCCACACUCUCUAUCCUCCUGCUCGAGCGCUUCUGAGGGGACCUCUACUCUGUAAAUGCCAUUUGUGUCAAAGCAACCCGAAUCAAAAGCCGUAACAAUUAGACGUUGAUGCAAUUUAUGGCAGUUCCCCUUUUCUUAAGUAGCCCUUUUUUUACCCUACCUUGUCUUCCUCUUCCUUUCGGUGUCCUGAUCUAACUUGGGUUGGGAGCAUUGCUUGAUUAGGAACUAAUCAUAUUCGAGUUUACAUUAGUUUUAGUGUUUCAAUUCCAGGGAAAGGGAUCUUUCUUUUCGUGACUGCUGUUUUUUCCAGAUUAAAGGGAAUGCAAAUUGUGUAGUUAUGUGAAGAAAUCUAUCGCUAUGGUCUGAUUUCAAUAGUUUGGAUGGAUGUAUGCGAAUCGGCGCGGGCAUUUAGAAAGCACACAGUAGAAUCAGCAGCAGCGACGCCAAGACAACCGUUGGGUCCUGCAGCAAAGAACAAUGAAGUUAUCACACGAUCUCCCUCGCGUUCCAAGAACAACUCGUCUUCACCUUCAUCGUUGUCUGGACCUCGGCGUUGCCCAUCACCAAGCAUCACGCGGCCGGUUUCUGCAUCUUCCCAAUUGGUUCUUAAAAGAGCUCAAUCAGCAGAAAGGAAGCGACCCUCCACACCCCCUUCUCCUCCAAGCCCAGCCACACCAAUUCAUGGUACACCUGCAGAUGUACAGUUGCUUUCGAAAAGAAUGAUUGGUGGUCGAACUGAGAGUUUGUGGCCCUCUACGAUGAGAAGUUUGAGCGUCUCAUUCCAAUCUGAUACAAUUUCCAUUCCUGUUUGUAAGAAGGAAAAACCCGUGUUAUCUUCUCCUUCUGAUCGAACUCUGAGGCCUUCGUCUAAUUUCUCAUCUAAACAAGCUGAAACGCAAACUGUUUCACGGAAGCCCACGCCAGAAAGAAAGAAGAGUCCUCUUAGAGGUAAAAAUGGGUACGAUCAAUUAGAGAAUUCCAAGCCAGUUGAUGGGUCACGGACUCAAUUCGCAGAUCAUCAGAGAUGGCCAAGUAGAGUUGGUGCGAAAGCAUCCUCCAAUUCAUUGAGUUGUACUGUGGAUCUCACCGAUAAAAAAGUCCCAAGCUUACAUAAGCCACUCCGAGGAAGUGGUUUAUCUUCUACAAGGGCAACUACUGGUGAGAUUGUGAACAAACCUUCACAGAAAUCCACCAGUGGUGUUGUGAGGUUAUCAUACGUUGAUAGAAGGAGUAGGGAAGAAUUUGAGGCAAAUUCAGCUAAUGACAAUUCAAUGCAGGAAUCUGCAGCUAACAAGGUCGUUUCUUCAAGUUUGGCAGGCAUCAAAAUAACAGCAAACCGAGUUGGGAGAUAUGACUCGCCUACUCUUUGCCCACGUCCAUCUUCACCUUCCAAGACCACAGUAUUAUCCUCUGUUGGUAGAGGAGUUAGUCCAUCUCGUUUAAGACCAUCAACUCCACCUCCUCAGGGAAUUAGUUCAUCACGAACUAGACCUUCAAAUUCUACUCAAUCCAAUGCUUCAACUUCUGUACUUAGUUUCAUAGCAGAUUAUAAGAAGGGAAAGAAGACGGCAAGCUACAUUGAAGGUGCUCAUAAGCUACGGCUUCUAUAUAAUAGACAUCUGCAGUGGAGAUGUGCUAAUGCACGGGCCGAGGUUGUCCUCCGUAAUCAGGAGGUGAUAGCAGAGAAAACUCUUCUUGGCGUAUGGAAUACCACAUUAAAUCUUUGGGAUUCAGUAAUCAGAAAAAGGAUCAAUCUCCAACAGCUGAAGCAAGAGCUCAAAUUGAUCUCUAUUAUGAAUGAUCAAAUGAGGUGCCUCAACGAAUGGGCUCUGCUUGAAAGAAGUCAUAAUCAAUCCUUAUCAGGUGUCAUAGAUGAUUUGGAGUCGAGCACUCUUCGUGUUCCAGUUACUGGAGGGGCUAAAGCAGAUGCUGGUUCUUUAAAAGGUGCAAUUUGUUCGGCCGUUGAGGUGAUGCAGGCAAUGGGAUCCUCCAUUUGCUUUUUACUCCCAAGGGUGAAGGUAAUGCAGACGUUAGUUUUUGAACUUACUAUUGUCGCAGCCCAAGAAAAAGCUAUGCUUGAUGAAUGUAUAGCAUUGUUAGCAUCAAGAGCGGCUUUGCAGGUUGAGGAGCAGAGUUUGUGGACACAUCUCAUACAAAUGAAACAAGGAUUGGAAAAUGUCUCCCAGUUUUAGACGGUUAGGCUAAGUAAGCUAACAACAAAACCCAUCUAUUUCUAUUUCUUUACCCUCACUGAAGAAGAAGAUGAGAGUUAUUCUUUCAUAUCCAGUCUUCUCCCGCAUGUAAAUUCACCCUUUAAAUUCUUAGCGGGAUUCUGUAGAUGUAAUUUUUUUUUCCUAAUUUUAAUCUAUUUAUCUUUUGAAAAUUUUCUUUAA